GGCAACAUACAUGCGCGUCGACAAAAAACAGGUGUACUGUUUCAUCACACGGGACGCCGCCGCGCUCGCUCCCGCGUUGCUGAGCUGUUGGGUGUUCGUGCACUUCUCUCUUUACACACAUGGACGAGGGCUGCUAUAACCUGAGCGAUAUGCUUGCGGAGCUGCUUUGAGGCAUUAAACCGGGGGGUAAGGUCUGGGAAUAAAGCUCGACCGGGAGGAGAGACUUAUCCUGAGCGGAGGGGUAGAAGACGAAAAAAAACGAACAAAUCAGAAUAUAAGAAGAGAAAGAGGGAGGAAAAGGCCCCUGGGGCUCACAGCUCACCUAUACCUGACUCUUCUUAGCGAGGCUCCAGUCUUUUGGUUUUAUGACGGAAAGUGUGUGUCCCUGCAGUAGAUCAGUAAGAAGUGCUCUUCAAUAUGAAUACAGAUAGCGGAGGAUGCUCUCGCAAAAGCGCGGCCUUAUCACUCACGCUCUCUCCCAUGAAGAGGGUCCAGAGCUCACCAAAUCUAGGCUCAGGGAGUGAUUCUCACUCAUCAGACUUGGAUUCUUGGCGGUCCCGCAGUGCAACAGACGGCCUUAAGAAUGGAGACGCCAGCAGCUCAUCUCUCGCUGCCAAAGGCUUCCGCAGCGUCAGACCCAACCUGCAGGACAAAAAGUCACCAACACAGGAAAUCAUUAAUGUGCCAUUGCCACCCCCCAGAAAAGAGAGUUUCCACUUCUCACCCACGGACACUAAUCCGCCAGACUACAACUCCCUUGUUGCCCUGGCUAACGAUUUUAGCCCUGGAACGCUAACAUUCACGCAGAAUGACAAAGCCGUUUUGAAAGAGUCCUACACUGUUAGCAGCACAUCCUCUUACUCUUACUCAGAGACCAAUGCGAACUCAGUCCAGCAGGCUCACCAGUCCUCUCUCCUGGAUGACAUCAGCAACUGUAGUGCAUCUGCCACCACUAACUCACAGGAGCGUAAGGUGUCUUCACUCAAACUAACCCCCCUCACCAUCCCUGACCCCCCGGCUCACCGCAACUCCUCCCAAUCUAAGACCCAGACCACAGGUUUCCCUCCACCUACAUCCCCACCUCCACAAAGGGGUGCACCUCCGUCUCCACCCCUGAGACAGGCCGCCUCCUUCUCUAUCCGUCUGGGCCCAGAGGAUCUCAAACAUGCAGAGCGUCGGCCUUCAAACAACACAGCGGAGCUCAAGGUCCCAGAUCGAGCCCCAAAUCAAACCCUGAGCCCAGCUCCAGCCCAGGUGGAGAAAACGAACGCUCCUCCUGCAGUGCCGCCAAGACCUUCUCCUGCAGAGCUGUUGGGGCCUCCCUCCCCUGACCCGACAGCACGGCACUCCCCCUAUCGCUGCCACAGCUCAGAGUCCCUCGACUACCUGCCAGGCCUAAUGCCCAAGACUCUAUCGCCCACCCCGUACGUUCCUAGUGGAGCCGGUGCAGCCUGCAGGCCGGGCCUCCCCACAAUAAGCCCCCUGACGGUGUCCGCUCUCAGCCACUACUCGUCGUCCACGGCGGGGCUGCUGGACGAGCUGCAGAUCUGUAGCCUGGACUCACCCGGCGCCUCGCCCACGCCAUCGCCCACCCUCAGCCAUGUCUCCGCCUACACAUCCGCUGCUGGCCCUGAUGAUGUGCUAACAACCUUUGUGGCCUCCACCGCUGCAGCCGCCACUGUCACUAACGGCCAGGUCCUGUCUCACACUAUGAAUGGAAGUGCUCCACCGAGGCCCCUCUCUCCUCCAUCCUAUCCUCCUCCCCCCACCUCACUCCACACUGGGCUCCAGAGACAGAGCCGGCGCUCGGAGGGCAGCGAGUCAGUUACCAGAGAGUCUGUGGUUCUGGGCCACACCAGCGUCUGCAGCACGGUGCCCAUCGCCCGCUUCUCAGAGGAGGAGAAAAAGGUGUCCGUCAUCAAAGCCCCUCAUUAUGAAGGCAUCGGCCCCGUGGACGACUCUGGCAUCCCUAUUGCCAUCCGCACGACGGUGGAUAAGCCUAAGGACUGGUACAAAACGAUGUUCAAACAGAUCCACAAGGUUCACAAAGCAGAUGACGACUACUCUGACACGUACAAUGCAACAUAUGCUGUCAUAAACAACGAUGACUACAGCCUGUCAUCCAACCCCACCAUGGCCCACCCAGCCCCCCGGACACAUACGUACCGGCCACUCGCCAAAAGCCCCUCGGACAACGGAGGGCAUCUGGGCCCUCGGGAGCCUCCGCCGUCCCCUGUGCCCCCACCACCUCCGCCCAUGCCAUCUCUCCUCCAGCUGAGGGCCAGAGACAGCGAUCGGGAGAGAGACUCGCCUGACACGAAUGAAUGGGGUCCUCCCAACAGGAAGGUGGACACACGAAAGUACCGCGCAGAGCCGAAGAGUAUUUUUGAGUAUGAGCCUGGAAAGUCUUCCAUUUUGGAUCAUGAAAGACCAAAGUGAAACUUAAACUAUGAUGACAUAGAUUUAGAGAACGAGCCUUGGUAUAAGUUCUUUUCCGAGCUGGAGUUUGGGCGGCCGCCUCCUAAAAAACGGCUGGAUUAUAAUCCAGACAUCUCCGCUCGCCAACGUAUUGAGACAUCCCUGCACAUCGCUGCUCCCGCGGACAAGGCUCCUGAAAGACCUGCGAGUGCUGCCAGCGACUACAGGAAGAGGAGGAAGUCCGAGCCGACAAGUUCCCAAGUGAACGUUCCGUCUCAGAGCAGAGCUGUAACUUCCCCUAAACCAGUGGAUGCCUACAGACCCAGCAGCAGCCUAAAGAAACCAGUGGUUCAUUCCUCACCGUCCUCGCCCGCCAGAGCCAAAGAUCAGGAUGUCUCCAGGUGUUAUUCCACCAUGGAUGGACGCCACACACCCCAGAGUAGAAGGCCUACUCCGGACAGAGAGAAACAGCCUGCGAGAGCCAUUUAUGAUUUUAAGGCACAAACGGCUAAGGAGCUGACAUUUAAGAAGGGUGAUGCAGUGAACAUCAUCCGGCAGAUAGACAACAACUGGUAUGAAGGAGAGCACCGCGGACGUGUUGGGAUAUUACCCAUAUCAUAUGUAGAAAGGAUGCCAUCGUCAGAGAAGCAGCAGCCGAUUCGUCCUCCUCCGCCAGCACAUGUCAGAGAGAUCGGAGAGGGACUAGCUCGCUACAACUUCAAUGCUGAUACUAAUGUGGAGCUGUCACUGAGAAAGGGUGAGAGAGUAAUUGUGAUAAGACAGGUCGACCAGAACUGGUACGAGGGGAAGAUCCCAGACACAACCAAACAGGGCAUCUUUCCUGUGUCAUACAUUGACCUUGUCAAGCGCUCCCCGUCCAAGAGUUCCAGCCACCAUAUAGACCCACACGGUUUCCCUGGCAACAGGACACCAAGCUCUACACCCAUCAAGCGAUUGGUACAGGAUGCCCUCCAUGGUGGAGGAGACCCAUAUCAGGCCGUGUACAACUACCUGCCUCGCAACGAGGACGAGCUGGAGCUGAAGGAGGGCGACGUUGUAGAUGUGAUGGAGAAGUGUGAUGAUGGCUGGUUUGUUGGGACCUCUCGACGGAGCAAGUUGUUUGGAACCUUCCCAGGAAACUACGUGAAGCAGCUAUAAUGAUGAUUCCAGAUCGCCGCCCCCCCACCCCCCAGCCCUGGCUCCGCCCCUUUUCUGUGACACGUUCUUCGCCCUCAGCACAACACCCUGCAGGACGCCACCUCCUCCCAGAGACCUGCCGCACACCUAUGUGUUUGCGUGUUUGUGUGGCUCGUCAGCUUCACGCAGACACAACCUUUUAGCUCUAACUCGCCAUCUUUAAUGGAAGACUUCUUUAAAAUAAUGUUGUUGUUUUUUUUAAAUCUUAUCUUUUUAUCCUUUAUUUUUCUAUCAUGGGGAACCCCAAACGUUGUGCUCCAGUCAGCGACCUUUAACGUUUGACUGUGAUGGAGGCAUAUCGAAAGGAACUUUGCGAACAGUCAGUGAUAGAAAACAAGGCACCGCAGUGAUGCUUUUCUUUCUGUUAAAGGGCAGAUCACCUCUUUUUUUAUUUGUCUUCAGUUUGUCACAAACUUUAAAAAAAACACUUGUUACAUUUCAAUUACAAAUAUCCCCAAAGACAUUCAGUGCAGAGAGUGUUGUAGAAACAGAAUCAUGUCUGCAGGUCUGUUGCAUACCAACUGUGUUGAAGGGAUUGCAGCCAUGCAGUCGAUAUUUCAGAUAAAAGAAAGUAAAGUCCCACACUGACAUGUGGAAAAGACUGUGCAUGUAUCAAUUUUAAUGUGUCGCCCAAUGAUUUGAUUGGAUGAUAAGAAUUUGGGGAUAUUAGAGAUAAUCAUUGAUCAUUAUCAAGCAAUCAUUUUCAAAUAUUGCAAAUGAGGAAGUGUGAAAAGUAUCAUUGACUCUCGCUGUCUAAACCUGAUGUAAUAGAUUUGAAGUACAACAUUAGGAAACACAAUUAUUUUUUCGACCUGUUGGUUCUUCAUCUUCACACUAGGAUUGAUGCACUUUAACGAAAGUUUAACACAAUUUAGUGUUUGAUUUGUCUCAAAUUUGACUUCAGAUUUUUACACACUAGAUGUAAUGACUUCAGGAGUAUUGGUCAUGUUUGAAAAGCGUGUGCAAAGAGGUUACCGACCUUUUAGGUAUUAUAUUUAUUAGGGGACAAGUGCUGGUCGAAAUUGUGUUAUAAGACGAUUAUAAAAAGUAUUGAACUACACGAUGCUUUUCUAACAUCCCACAUUUGAAGGCGUAUUAUUUUAUUGUCAAGUAUGAUUGUCCAGAUAGGUGCUGAGUGACAAACAACACAGUAGUUCUUGGGCUGUAAUUAUGCCAGGUGUCAUGAUGUUUUAUGUUCAGUUAUUUAAGUCAGAUGCAGGAUGGGUAACAUGUUAUCCACAACUUCAGUCAUGUAACUGCAGUUUAACCCUGCUGUCAGAGUGAGAGGUUCACCGUUUCAUGUUAUAUACUAUUUGGAAUUAUCUGCAGUUUUCCUCUUAGCUUUUCAUGCUCAGUGAAUUCUGAUUUAUGUGUUUUUAUUUUUCUCAUUUUACGUGUUUCACAUAGGAUGGACACUGACAAACAAAACAAUUGUUAAAGCACCUUAAGAUAUAUAUUUUGUUUUAUCAUUCACCGUCCUUCACGUCACCCCGUCAUCCACUAUUUCAGCUGGUGUGAGGACACAGUGUGUAAGUGUGUGUGUGUGUGUGUGUGUGCGAGUGUGUAUGUGGUGUUUUUGUAAGCCUUUUGUAUGAGAGCUGUAAAAUGGCCGACAUCCACUUGCUUUAUAAAGUCAGCUUUUUCUCACCCAUCAUCAUAUUUGGUUUCCUCUCCUUCUUUCUUCACAUCUCUUCAUCAGUGGUGCUAAUUUCCACUUUUUUUCAAAGUUAUUAUUGUAGCCAGGCAUGUAGGCCUUUUUAUUUUUUCUUCUCCAGUUCUUCAUUGUUUUAAAAACCAGUGACUUAUUUAAACUGAAAUUACUGUAGUUAGUGAGUAGAGUUGGUGAUUGCUGCCUUACAUCCAACUCACUAAUUUAAUAGCCAUGUAUAUUUAAACCUCUUCUGUGAUGCAAAAAACAUUAAUUUAUGCAUAUUUAGUGUAGAAAACAUCAGGAAGGUGUGCACAGAAUGAUCACAAACUACAGUGUUGAAACAAACAGUAACCCUCUGGUCUGCCUUUGAUACAUUACUAGGAACAGAUUUGGAAUUGAAGACAUGAAUUUGACUCCUGCUAUGUUUAUACAUGUAAUGAAAAUGUUAAUCUUAUAUGUUAUUGGUGUUAAUAUCAAAUUCAACGCACACUCUUGGACCUAAGUAUUUCUACAAUAUCUUAGUAUUUGUUGGAUGAUUUUAUGGGGCUGUAUUGCUAAUAAAAUCCAGCUGGUAGAUGA